AUGCCUUCCUGGAACGACGAGGAAACGAGCUUCGACGAGGACUGCAAGGUCGUCAGCAUGGACAUGGGACUGAUGGAGGAACCAGACACCAUUGUGGAGCCCCUUUUCUGUGGCCAACUUGAGCUUGCUGAACCCAAGUGCAUUCUGCAUCAAAUGAGGCUUGUUAAGUGUGUUGCUUUUGAAGGCAUUGCAAAUGGUGUGAAUGGUGGUGUUGUAGAGUGGGUUGAUGGGCCUUGGCCUCCAGUUCUUCAGAGAUGUUUGUCCAAGCUAUGGGAAAUGUUCCAUGAGCAGAACUGUGGAAGGGUACUUGACAAAGAUAAGUUUGAGAAGGAGUUGGCCAAGGUUAAGAGUGAACAUGAAAGGGAGUUGGCCAAGCUUAAGAUGGAAAAUGACAAUCUGUGCAUUGAGUACACCAAGAUUGUUGAUGAUGUAUCCAAGAUGUUUGAUUGGCAGGAUGGUAGGGUGGACAAGAAUGUGCACCAGAAACAAGUGGAGGAGGAAGAACUUGAGAAGAAGAAGAAGGAGCUAGAGGAGAAAGCUAUGUUGGAGGUGCAGAUGGAAAAGCUUAAACUUACCAGGAAGGCUAUGAAGGAUGGUCAAGUUGACAGAGAUGUUCUUAUGAAGGAGAAGGAAAAUCUUGAGCUAGUUGUUGCUGAGCUGCUGAAAGAUGGGUAUGGCAGCAAGGAGAAGUUAGAGCAAAUCAAGGCCAUCCUUGAGUCCUGA